CCAGGCGCACAUGACCGAGCGGGGCCGGGCCGGGCCGGGAUGGGGCAGGAUCGGAUGUUCAAGGUGCUGGUGGUGGGCGACGCCACGGUGGGCAAGACCUCGCUGGUGCAGCGCUACGCCAACGACAGCUUCAACCGGCACUACAAAUCCACCGUGGGGGUGGAUUUUGCUCUGAAGGUGGUGCAGUGGUCGGAGUCGGAGACGGUUCGGCUGCAGCUCUGGGACAUUGCAGGGCAGGAACGCUUCACGUCCAUGACCCGCCUGUACUACAGGGAGGCCUCAGCCUGUGUCAUCAUGUUUGAUGUCACCAACGCCAGCACCUUCAGCAACAGCCACAAGUGGAAGCAGGACCUGGACAGCAAAGUGGUGCUGCCGGACGGGAGCGCCGUGCCCUGCCUGCUGCUGGCCAACAAGUGUGACCUGUCCCCGUGGGCCGUGACCCGGGACGAGAUCGAUCGCUUCAGCAAGGAAAACGGGUUUGCAGGCUGGGUGGAGACGUCUGUGAAGGAGAACAAGAACGUCCACGAGGCCAUGAGGGUUCUGAUAGAGAAGAUGAUGUCCUCGUGCACGGGGGGUGGCAGCUCCUGCUCUGCUGGCUCGGGGGAUUACAUCAGCAUCCAGGAGAGCUCUGCUCCAGGCUGGGCCUGCUGCUGAAGCCGCUGCACUCCGCGCCCUGGGCUCCUCACCAUCCUCAUCCUCGUCAUCCUCAUCCUCAUCCUCACCAUCCUCAUCGUGGUCACCUUGCCCCGAGCUGUCCCUGGUUUGGGGUUUUUCCUGUGAUUUUGAACUUUUCAGGGGCUGUUUGCUCAGCAGAGCCCUGCUGCAGUGACUGGGAGGGAGGGGUGGAGGAGGAGGAGUGGGAAUGUUCCUCGUUUGGGAUAUUCCUCGUUUGGGAUGUUCCUCAUUUGGGAUGUUCCUCAUUCGGGAUGUUCCUCAUUUGGGAUGUUCCUCAUUGAGAAUAUUCCUCAUUUGGAAUGUUGUUCCUCAUUUGGGAAUGUUCCUUAUUUGGGAAUGUUCCUCAUUUGGGAUAUUCCUCAUUAGGAAUGUUCCUCAUUGAGAAUAUUCCUCAUUUGGAAUGUUGCUCAUUUGGGAGUAUACCUCAUUUGGAAUGUUCCUCAUUUGGGAAUAUUCCUUAUUUGGGAUAUUCCUCAUUUGGGAAUGUUCCUCAUUUGAAAGUAUUCCUCAUUUGGAAUGUUCCUCAUUUGGAAUAUUCCUCAUUGAGAAUGUUCCUCAUUUGGAAUAUUCCUCAUUGAGAAUAUUCCUCAUUUGGAAUAUUCCUCAUUGAGAAUAUUCCUCAUUUGGGAUAUUCCUCAUUUGGGAAUGUUCCUUAUUUGAGAUAUUCCUCAUUUGGGAAUGUUCCUCAUUUGGGAUAUUCCUCAUUUGGAAUGUUCCUCAUUUGGGAUAUUCCUCAUUUGGGAACGUUCCUUAUUUGGGAAUGUUCCUCAUUUGCAAUAUUCCUAAUUUGGGAUAUUCCUCAUUAGGAAUAUUCCUCAUUUUCCCUGCUGCUCUGAUGGAGCACAAUCCAUGUCCAAGCAGUGCCUUGGAUUAUAUUGAAUUAUUUUUUUUAAAUGUUGAGCACUUCCCCCUGUGGCAGUGCUGCCCUGGGCUGCCAGAGGGAUUUUUAAAUUUUCUGCACCUUUACCCGCUCCCUUUUGGGGACACUGCAGCAGUUUCCUCCCUCCCUGCUCCUCCUGGGUCUGUGUCCUGGAGGGAGAGCAGUGCCCCAAAGCUGCUGAGGAUGAGGAGCUGGACGUGCACUGUGCAAUUCUGGGGGGAGCUGGGGCCUGGGGCAGCACAACCCCCCUGCCCUGGGAGCAGAGACCCCAAAAUUCGGUCAGGAACUGCUCUGCCCUUCCUGGAACAGAACAACCCUCACUUCCCUGUGGAGCAGGGAUCCCAAAAUUUGGUCAGAAUUUUCUCCUGCCCUUCCUAGACCAGCACAAUCCUCACUAUUUUUGUUUUCCCUGUGGUGCAAAGACCCCAAAAUUUGGUCAGGAAUUGCUCUGCCCUUCUUGGACCAGCACAAUCCUCACGAUUUGGGUUCUCCCUGUGGAGCAGGGAUCCCAAAAUUUGAUCAGGAGGUUCUCCUGCUCUUCCUGGACCAGCACAACCCUCACUUCCCUGUGGAGCAGGGAUCCCAAAAUUUGGUCAGGAGCUGCUCCUGCCCUUCCUAGACCAGCACAAUCCUCAACCUUUGUGAGCAGAGACCCCAGAAUUUGGUCAGGAAUUGCUCUGCCCGUCUUGGACCAGCACAACCCUCACUCCUCUGUAGAGCAGAGACCCCAAAAUUUGGUCAGGAUUUUCUCCUGCCCUUCCUGGAGCAGCACAAGCCCCACUCCUCUGUGGAGCAGAGACCCCAAAAUUUUGUCAGGAACUGCUCUGCCCUUCCUGGACCAGCACAAUCCUCAAUCCCUGUGAGCAGGGAUCCCAAAAUUUGGUCAGGAAUUGCUCUGCCCUUCCUGGACCAGCACAACCCUCACUAUUCACAACCUUCACUAUUUGGGUUCUCCCUGGGAAGCAGGGAUCCCAAAAUUUGUUCAGGAUUUUCUCCUGCCUUUCCUGGACCAGCACAAUCCUCAUUCCCCUGGGAUCUGCUUGUGCAGCAGAGACCCCAAAAUUUGGUCAAGAGUUUCUCCUGCCCUUCCUAGACCAGCACAAACCUCAACCUCUGUGGAGCAGAGACCCCAAAAUUCGGUCAGGAGUUGCUCUGCCCUUCCUGGACUAGCACAACCCUCACUAUUUGAGCUCUCCCUGUGAGCAGACCCCAAAAUUUGGUCAGGAAUUGCUCUGCCCUUCCUGGAACAGAACAAACCUCACUCCCCUGGCCUCUGCUUGUGGAGCAGAGAUCCCAAAAUUUGGUCAAGAUUUUCUCCUGCCCUUCUUGGACCAGCACAAUCCUCACUUCCCUGUUGAGCAGGGAUCCCAAAAUUUGGUCAGGAUUUUCUCCUGCCCUUCCUGGACCAGCACAACCCUCACUCCUCUAUGAGCAGAGACCCCGAAAUUUAGUCAGGAGUUGCUGUGUCCUCCCUGAGUAGCAGAGACCCCAGAAGCUGGUCAGGAAUUGCUCUGCCCUUCCUGGAUCAGAACAACCCUCACUAUUCACAAUCCUCACUAUUUGGGCUCUCCCUGUGGAGCAGAGACCCCAGAAUUUGGUCAGGAUUUUCUCCUGCCCUUUCUGGACCAGCACAACCCCCACUCCUCUGUGGAGCAGAGACCCCAAAAUUUUCAGGAACUGCUUUGCCCUUCCUGGACCAGCACAACCCUCACUCUCCUGGGAUCUGCUUGUGGAGCAGAGACCCCAAAAUUUGGUCGGGGGUUGCUCCUGCUCUUCCUGGACCCGCAAAACUCCCACUCCCCUGGGCUCUCCCUGGGAGCAGAGACCCCAAAAUUUGGUCAGGAAUUGCUUUGCCCUUCCUGGACCAGCACAGUCCUCAACCCCUGUGAGCAGGGAUCCCAAAAUUUGGUCAGGAUUUUCUCCUGCCCUUCCUGGACCAGCACAAUCCUCACUAUUUGGGUUCUCCCUGUGAGCAGAGACCCCAAAAUUUGGUCAGGGGGUGCUCCUGUCCUUCUUGGACCAGAACAAUCCUCACUUCCCUGUGGAGCAGGGAUCCCAAAAUUUGGUCAGGAGUUGCUCUGCCCUUCCUGGAAGAGAACAACCCUCACUAUUCACAAUCCUCACUAUUUGGGUUUUCCCUGGGAAGCAGGGAUCCCAAAAUUUGUUCAGGAUUUUCUCCUGCCUUUCCUGGACCAGCACAAUCCUCAUUCCCCUGGGAUCUGCUUGUGCAGCAGAGACCCCAAAAUUUGGUCAAGAGUUUCUCCUGCCCUUCCUAGACCAGCACAAACCUCAAUCUCUGUGGAGCAGAGACCCCAGAAUUCAGUCAGGAGUUGCUCUGCCCUUCCUGGACUAGCACAACCCUCACUAUUUGGGCUCUCCCUGUGAGCAGACCCCAAAAUUUGGUCAGGAAUUGCUCUGCCCUUCCUGGAACAGAACAAACCUCAACCCCUGUGGAGCAGGGAUCCCAAAAUUUGGUCAGGAUUUUCUCCUGCCCUUCCUGGAGCAGCACAAGCCCCAGUCCUCUGUGGAGCAGAGACCCCAAAAUUUUGUCAGGAACUGCUCUGCCCUUCCUGGACCAGCACAGUCCUCAAUCCCUGUGAGCAGGGAUCCCAAAAUUUGGUCAGGGGGUGCUCCUGCCCUUCUUGGACCGGCACAAUCCUCACUUCCCUGUGGAGCAGGGAUCCCAAAAUUUGGUCAGGAAUUGCUCUGCCCUUCCUGGAACAGAACAACCCUCACUAUUCACAAUCCUCACUAUUUGGGUUCUCCCUGGGAAGCAGGGAUCCCAAAAUUCGGUCAGGAUUUUCUCCUUCCCUUCCUGGACCAGCACAACCCUCACUUCCCUGAGCAGCAGAGACCCCACAAUCUGGUCAGGAAUUGCUCUGCCCUUCCUGGACCAGCACAAUCCUCACGAUUUGGGUUCUCCCUGUGGAGCAGGGAUCCCAAAAUCUGGUCAGGAUUUCCUGCUGCCCCUUUCUGGGCAGGGGAGGAGGGGGCUGUAAACCCCUUUUGUGGCCCCACAAGGGCCCUUGGCACUUCUGGGCCAGCCCAAAGUGCUUUUGGCAAGUGCUGCUCAAUUGCCUUCCCCACAUCCUCCCGCAGCCAGGGGGGAUUCUGGGGAGGAAACAGCUCCCUAAAAACCCCCUGCUGUUUUAGUGGGGUGGGGAAGGGGAGGAGGAGGAGGGAAAAAAGAGUUUGUGGGAUGAAAGGAAAGGAAGGAACCACUCCCCAUUUCCCUCUGGGGCCUCCUUCCCCCAGUUAGUGGUGGUGGAGAGCAGUUCUGCCCUAAAAAUUGGUACAAAUUGAGAAUUUUUGGGGAAUUCACACUUUUCAGGGAUGGAGUUUUGAGGGUUUAAUUCCCAUUUUCCCUCUGGUGCCUCUUUCCCCCAGUUAUUGGUGGUGGAGAGCAGUUCUGGCCUAAAAAUUGGUACAAAUUGAGAAUUUUUGGGGAAUUCACACUUUUCAGAGCUGGAGUUUUAUGGGUUUAAUUCCCAUUUCCCUCUGGUGUAACUUUCCCCCUGCACAUCCCAGGGCUGGGUGGUGGAGAGCAGUUCUGGACAAAAAAUUGGUACAAACUGAGGGAAUUUUUAGGGAAUUCCCUCUUUUCAGGGAUGGAGUUUUGAAGGUUUAAUUCCCAUUUUCCCUCUGGAGCCACUUUCCCCCAGAUACUGGUGGUGGAGAGAAGUUCUGGCCAAAAAAAAUGGUACAAAUUGAGAAUUUUUAGGGAAUUCAGACUUAAAAGCUGGAGUUUUGUGGGUUUAAUUCUGGAUUUGCUGUUCCAUGAUUUCCUGGUGGAACACAAUCACCCUGCUCACGUUUUGGGUUUGGAUUUCAUCACAAAACCUUGAAAAAUUGGUUUUUUUUACCUCCUUAAUUGGGAAACAGGGCUGGAAAUUGUCGUGUCCUGCUUCCUGCUGAAUUAGGUAAAUUAUUCCUCCUGCCUGUCUUGCAUAGAGGGAUUUUAUAUUUUUUACCUUCACUAAAAAAAUCUGAAUUUUCAUUCUCUGCAGCUGAAAAGAAUUUAAAACUAAACAGUGAGGGUCAAGAAAUUUGGAAUUAUUUGUGCUGCAGUUUUUGAUGCAAAGCUGAAAUACCUGGGCUGUGCAAAUAUUGCCAAAUUUGGGGUUAUAGGUGCUUAAAAUUACAAUUUUCUGCACCCAGGGAGAGCUGGUUAGCAGCAAAAUGGAAGUGCCUUGAUGAAUUUUACUUCAUUUUCUUAAAAAAAAAAAAAAGAAAAAAAAAUUAAAAAAUGGUUUUUAAUCCUGUAAAUAUUUAAUCCUAUAAAUAUUUCUGUUUUUUUCUAGAACACCAGGGAAGUGCCUCAUUUUUUGAAGGAGCUGUCACAAAACCCCCUAAGAUCCAGGUGUUAUUUAUUGAUUUUUGCACUUGAAAUGUUUCAGCCAAGAGCUCUCCUCAGAGGUGGAAAAUCCAGAAAAUUCCCAAUUCCUGCUCCAUCCAAUGGAGCUCAAGCAGAGCUUGAAACGACCUCAAAUUACCCUAAAAUUGGAAUUUCUCCUGUAAAUUUGGAUCAUCAGGAUAAAACUGGACAUUUCUUUGGAUAAAAUCUUAUUUUUAAACAAAAAAAAAAAUCUAAUUUUUAAAUCUAUUUCAGAGCAUGUCUGUGCUGCCCUUGGGUUUGCAGUCCCAAAUAACUUGGGGAGUUAUUUUUCCACAUUUACUGUUGGGUAACAGUGUGAAAAUGUGAAAAAAUGUCAAAGAAAACGUGAAAAAAUGUCAAAGAAAACGUGAAAAAAUGUCAAAUAAAACGUGAAAAAAUGUCAAAUAAAACGUGAAAAAAUGUCAAAUAAAACGUGAAAAAAUGUCAAAUAAACCCCCCAGAAGCUGCACAAAAGGAAAAGUCGUUUAUUGAGCUGGGUGUGAGCCCCAACCUGAGAGGAAAAGGAAUUCCCUGGGCAGCUCUGGGGGUUGGCAGAAAAAAUCCAAAUAAAGCCCAAAAAUGCCCCUGGAUUAAACCAGGGAGGAGCAGGGGCUGUGCCCAGCUGAAAUAAUUCUGCUUUUUAAAACCCAACAUGAUUUUUAAAUGAUUGUUUUAAAAAUUUUAAAUGAUUUUUAAAUGAUUGUAUUUUAAAAUUUUUAAACCCAGGAUUGCUAAAAAAUUAUUAUCAAAAUUAUCAUUAUAUCUUAAAAAUUUCAACCCAAAAUUAUUAAAAAAUAUUAUUUUAAAAAUUAUCAUGUGAAAAUUUUUAAACCCAGAACUAUUUAAAAAAUUAUUAUUAAAUAAAUAUUAUUAUAUUUAAAAAUUUUAAAACACAGAAUUAUUUUUUAAAAAUUAUUAUUUAAAAAUUAUCAUUACAUUGAAAAAUUUAAACCCAGAAUUAUUAAGAAAUAUUCUUUUUUAAAUUAUCAUAUUUGAAAAUUUUUAAACCCAGAAUUAUUGAGUUAUUAUAAAAACUAUUAUAUUUUAAAAUGUAAAAUCCAGAAUUAUUGAAAAUAUUAUUAACAAUUAUUAUUAGAGUAAAAAUUUUUAAACCCCAGAAUUAUUUUUUAAAAUUAUUAUUAAGACAUUAUUAUCGUAUUUAAAAAUUUUAAACCCAGAAUUAUUAAGAAAUAUUCUUUUAAAAAUUAUCAUUAUAUUUUAAAAGUUUUAAACCCAGACUUAUUGAAAGUUAUUAUUAAAAUUAUUAUUAUAUAUUAAAAUGUAAAAUCCAGAAUUAUUGAAAAUAUUAUUAACAAUUAUUAUUAGAGUAAAAAUUUUUAAACCCCAGAAUUAUUUUUAAAAUUAUUUGUAAUAUUUUAAAAUUAUUUUAAAAUUAUUAAGAAAUUAUUAUUGUAUUAAAAAAUUUUAAACCCAAAAUUAUUUUAAAAAUUACUAUUUCCCCUGAAAGGGGAAAACCAAAAAAUGGCUUCAUUGAACUUUUUUGAUGCAGGUGGGUAAAAACCUGAAUUUUCCAAACAGGAAUCAGAAAUUAUCUUUAUUCUGCCUCAGAAUUUCCAGGGAUUUUGGGACAUUUUUGAGCAAAAAAGGAAUUUUCUCCUCCCUGCGCUCACUCCCUGCCCUCUGUGUGACUGUUCCGUUUCCUCCUCCUUUUUCCUUCCUGGAAUUUCAAUUUUUAACCCAAAACCCCACGAAUUUCCAGGAUUUUGUGCCUUGGUUUCUUCACAAGCUGCAGGAUUUUACUGCAGCCUCAAGAAGUCAAAAAUAUCAAAAUUCAGCUUUUAUUUUGGUUUUUUUUAAAAUUUUUAUUGCUUUUUUUUUAAGCUUAAAAGCAUUUUUUAAAAUUUCUUGCUGUUCCACUGAAGUAUUUUAGAGGCAGGGUGCUGGCCGUUGUGAAAUUCAGUAUUAUGGGUGUGUAAAGAGGGAAAAAAUGGAUUUUUAAUGCACAUCAAUGUCACUGGGGCAGCGUUUGGAAUAAAAACUGGGCACUGCUG